UUACCCGUUAUUUGGUCACUGAGGCACGUCUACUGCAUUCUGCAGCGGGUGAUAUUCCAAAAGUAGCCUUAUAAUAAAAAUAUUUCGUGGAGAUCAUUGUGGAAUUAAAUUCUAAACUAUGUUUUUUCUUUGUGCAUUCAAGAAGCUGUCUCAUCGUUUUUAAUUAACAAAAGAAUCAGGAAGAUUUUUUUUCAUUUCUGUAAUUUUCAUUGUUGUUAAUUUUCUCCUCUUCGAAAAAAAGAAUAUAUAUAUUUAUAGAAGAGGGAAAUAUUUAAAAACUGGAACUCGGACGCUUGUGUGCGGGAGAGAAAGGGGUUAAAGACAUAAGCCUGGGAGAGUUUCACUAUGGAAGAAAAAGAUCACAGCAACAGAGACGCGGAGCGACAAGACUCGGGCGAUGAAUCUAACAGGGCUAUACUACCCCUGCUCCAGGCUCCUGGAAACCUGCUCCCGCACCGGAUCACCAACUUUUACAUCGACAACAUUUUACGACCGGACUUUGGUCGCAGAAAAGAAGGUACAAUUGGACGAGAUGAAAUUAAUCCGGUUGGAAGAGAGAAUCGCUGUCCCUCGGUUGCGGGAACAGACCAGGUGGGCGCUCCGGUGUCAGGGGAAGGGACCUCGAGCCCCCGACCAGUCAGCGUGUCAAAGAAAACCGAUAUUACCGCAGACGCUACCUUGAGGACCCGUGCAGAGAGCGGAGACCAGUGCCUCAGCUCGGACUCGGACUGCUCUCAGAGUAGCGCUCCUCAGACAAACCAGCCAAUGCUGUGGCCAGCCUGGGUGUACUGCACGAGAUAUUCGGACAGGCCAUCAUCGGGGCCAAGAUCUCGCAAACCAAAGAAGAAAGCCCUAAGCAAAGAAGACAAGCGUCCAAGAACGGCGUUCACAGCCGAGCAACUACAAAGACUGAAGUCUGAGUUUCAGACGAACCGUUACCUGACAGAGCAGCGGAGACAAGCUCUGGCUCAAGAACUUGGUCUUAACGAAUCUCAAAUCAAAAUCUGGUUUCAGAAUAAACGGGCAAAGAUUAAAAAAGCAUCAGGAACUAAAAACUCAUUGGCAUUGCACCUGAUGGCGCAAGGACUUUAUAAUCACGCCACAACAACAAAGGACGACAAAUCAGACAGCGAUUAACGCCAAGGAGAGGAUAUCUUCAAUGCAAUAAUUUAAAAAGGGCCAGUGUACAAAAUACCAGCAUAAAUGGAUUAGACUAUAGCCUAUGUAUGAGAUAUAACUCUGCAAUAUUUUAAUGUGUAUGUAAUUUACGUUAAUGGUGGUGUGAAACGAUUCUUUUGCAAAACAUUAACACUGCUGUCCACAGUCUGAAAAUUGCUUCGUGACGAAAGUAGCCUGCGUUUCUUUAUUAAAAAAGACAAGCGCUUUUGAUUGACACUUGACGUCGAGACACGUGAUCGUCUUUAAUCCAUGCUGAAAUCCAAAGAGUUUUUCUGCUGCAUUCAGGCAACUGUGAUUUUAAAUAAAUGGAAAAAAGUAACAACUUUAUCUAAUUAUGUUUGUUUGUUUACAUGUUUAAUGUCAUUAUUCCGUUAAUGUUAUUAUUCCGGAAAAACAUUUUGUUUUACAUAUCUGGAUUGUGUUACAGAGACAAACAGAUCAGAAGCUGGUAUUUUUAAAGUAACAUUUCAUAUCACUAUUUGUACGCUAAAAGAAAGCAUUAUAGCCUGUCAUAUUUAUCGAUAAGGUCUAUUUAACUCUGUCUCAUAAGGGUUACAGAUCAUAUUCUUGAAAUAUCAUUUUCAGAAAGCAGUUCUGACAACUGAAUGCGUACCGUACAAAUAAACCUCUGAAUAACAAAGUUGCAUAUUAAACCGAAAUACUUGACCCAAAAUUAAGCUCUAUUGAACUUAGACGGGAAUGUACAAUAAACUUUUUUUCUUUUCUUUUUUGUUUUUCAUACAGGCAAAGUGUUUGUGAGAAUGUUUGGGUUUCUUAUGGAGCAACAUUCUAUCUCUGUUUUUAGCUUGUUGAGUGUGGAAUCAUUGUUUUGUACUUGGCUAUAAAUUAAAACCAAGGCUAUUUUCAGACAGCAGAUUAUCGAACGAAAGGAUGAGACGGCAAUCGUGGUCGAAGAAAUAUUUGGGUCAGAGGAUUUUUUUUCGUAUUUUAUGUUGUCAUGCAAUAACUUUGUGAGCAAAAGUUUCGAGGCCUUUGCAUGAGAGCUAUAAGAAAGCGAAAGUACUUUUGGGUUUACGACUGCAUCCGUACCAAAUUAACUUUUGUUCGGUGUGAACUGUGUUUUAUUGUACAUUUGAAAGUGUGUAUGAAUUGAUUCACCAAACAAACACACUUUGCCUUAAAGUUCUGAGAUGAACUUUUUUUUUGUAUGAGAACUGUGCUACAAGACCUGGGCGUGAAGCUCAGACGACUAGCACUGAGCUCCGCUCUCUCGUCGCUUCAUAUUCUAUAGGCCUAUAAGAAACAGAAUUUACAGCAGAAUCUACAAAGGAUAUGUUUAAAAGAGAAAGAGAUAAUUUAAGUUUUUUUUUUCCUUUUUAUUUCUAGUGGUCCUCUUCUGAAGUAUUCUUUAAACAGAUGUAAAUAAUUUGUAUCAUGUUUAUUUGUGUAACUAAAUCCGGCUGGAGAGGUGGAGAAUAUGUCAAUAAACAAUGCUUAUUUGUAAACAGGACUGUCCCUCAUAUAUCCAUAUGCACAGA